GACUUUUCAGCGCGUUAGGUAAGGAGGUCGAUAAAACACUUUGGUCGUGUUUGUUAUCUUAAUUUUCCAAAUCUCUGCAUUUUAGUCAAGUGUUCCCGAUUUAAUUUCUUAUCCAAGAUUGUUUUCAAUGUAUGCUGUGUUGCAAUGGACGACAGCAACGCAGUGAAGCUCUUUGUUGGAAAUCUGGAUUUGGAAACAACACAAGAUGACCUUAUAGCACUUUUUGCCCCUUACGGAGAAGUGGUGAACAUAACUGUACUAAGGCAGUUUGCCUUUGUCCAUCUGCAGGGAGAAGGGGCUGCUGACCGUGCCAUCCGUGAUCUGAAUGGUCAAGAUUAUCGUGGAAAGAACCUUGUAGUUGAGGAAUCCAAAGGAAGGCCGCUUAAUUCCACCAAAGUGUACGUGGGGAACCUGAGUGCUUCCUGUACAGUCGAAGACCUUUAUAAUCUCUUCUCGAUUUACGGCAAAGUUCUUGACUGUGACAAAGUGAAAACUAAGCCCUCGUCUUUAGCAGGCUACACCUUUGUGUACAUGGAGCACAAAGAGGAUGCAGAACAAGCCAUCGAGGGUCUUCAAGGUACCUCGUAUAUGGGACGUCAACUCUCAGUGGAGCUCUCAAAAGGACAGCAGACUGCAAACAAGGUCCCUUGUGCCAGCUGCGGUGCGUACGGCCAUUUUGCAGGUGAAUGCCCAAUAAACAGGCCUUCAAUGGAACACCACCAGAGUCAAGCGGCUGUUCUCGCAGCAGCCGCUGCAGCCGCAGCCGGGCUUCCCCUUCAGGUGCAGCAGAGCGUCCACAACUCCUUCUACAACACAGCUAGCAGCGACCCAACGUUUGCAGCUCUGAAAGACUUGACCACUUCCAGGGUUGACGGCAAGCCUGUUAGUGCUGCAGUCUAUGGUGCUCUGGCUAGUCAGGUCUACGGUGCCGUCGCAGACCAGGUGCUCAGCUCAGGAAAGAACAAAGUGUCCGACGGCUACCCAAAUGAAGAAGAGGCGCCGUCAGCUGCAACUGCUGUUAACUCUGCCUAUGGUGCAAAUUCUUCUAUGUACAGUGCCAGUCCAGCUUAUGGGACCAUGGGAGGCACAAAGUCUGACCCCCAAGCCAUGUUCGAAGCCGCCCGGGCCAGAUUCUUCGAGCAGGGGCAACAAGUACUCGCCGAACAGCAGGCUGUGACCAAAUCCGACCGAGACCGAAGCCCGAUACGACGCUCGACCCCGUUAUUGCCUGACCCGGUUUCACAGCCGUUUUCCCAGACGCGACCCAAACGGCGAGCCUUGCUUCCAACACCACCUGGUGGACCAGAAAUACCCGCAGUUAAAAAUGGAGACCCAAUCGCAAGGUGCUAUGCAGAGUACUACCAACAGUACCAGCAGUACCAACAGUACCAACAAUACCAACAGUACCAGCAUUAUCAGCAGUACCAGUACAACUAUCCGCCGCCGCCGCCACCACCACCUCCGAUGCCGAUGGUGUCUCCAGGCCCAGUGGAUGUGCAACAGAUGGCUGCCCCGGGCACUGCUGCUUCACAAAGAGUGUAUGAGCCAUCUUCAAUACACAAGGAGCCCCUCCUACGUCGUCCUGACUAUCCUCCCCAACACACAUCUGAAUCCCCUUAUCGAUAGCUCUCACAACCUCACCCUCACAACUCUGUGUGCUUGUAUGUGUCUGUUUUGGUCCUACUUGACAACAGAUGAAACCGGAGGAAAGGGAUUAAUUGAAUUAUUACGUCAAAUUUGCCCAUAAUGUCAGAUUUCUCGUGUACAGAAUGUAGAUGUUUACUCUUAAAGAAAACAUCGAUUCUGAGAUAUCUUGUUAGAAGUUUAAGUUUUUGUAAGCGCUCAAAUAUUUCAUCAGUCAGUUUUGUAGAUGAAAGCACUCGUUGAUCACUUAGUCAGAUUCAGCAUUCUCAAAGUCAAAUGACUGUGCCUUCAAAAAAAUAAACGCUUUUUUUUGUAAAGAUUUUUCAGACUUUUGUAAAACCUUCAGAUCAGAUACAGUGUAUUGAAUUCACAACAUGGGUUCGUGGUUAGUUAAAAUUGUUCUGUAAAAUUGCCAGUUUAGACUGGCUUAAUUUCACAGAUGCUAAACUUAUAAGGCACAGCAUAUUUUGGAUGGUUUAUAAAGAGGACCUGUUUAAUGUAUGUGUGUCUGUGAGUGAGUGUGAACACAGAAUGUUAACAAUUUGGAUCAGAACGUUUAGCUUACAUACGAUAUAGACCGCAAUCACACAUAUUGGAUCCAUUUCCUAUAAUAAUUUUUGAGUGGGAGGGGCCUCACCACAUUUAAGUGUAUCAGUACCAACAAAACAAAAAUACUCACUAGUGCAGAUGGUGUUAUUUUUUCCCAGUUCGGAGUUUAGAAAUAGUGGAAAGUUGUAUUCAUCGCAGAGGGUACAUUCGUGUUUGUUACUCUCUAGGCCUAUUCAUUCAUUCUGAAUGCUGUUCAUUUGGAUACCCAUAUUGACUCUGAAUGAGCCGGAGAUGUCGUUGUUGCUAAAAAGCAAAACGAACUGGUCCUAUAGCCUGGCAGGUGCAAUUAUGCAUGUUUUGCAGGAAUUAAAAAGCGUACAACUGCCAUCUCUGGCCUUGCAUCUCUCUCUUACAUGGACAGUAUACUCUUGUUAUUGGUUAUAUAUAUAUACAUGUAUGGGUCAUAACCCCUCUAAAGGUUUUUACGUUCUUUUUUUUUGUUUUGUUUUUUUAAAGUAGCCCCAUGCAAUUAAUAUGUUGCUCUCUGACCAAUUAUCGUAGUCUCUAUAUCCUUCGAGUCGUUUGAAAAAAUUUCAGGGGCUUUUGGGUGGAAACAUUUAGUUAUUAAGGGAUGGGUUGUAAAAGCCAUUAGGUAUGGCACCUUCAGGCGUGUUAUGGCAAUUGGUUCUGAGCGUGAAAACAUUGAAUUGCUUUAAACCACAUUGUAUUUUUGUUCUUUAAGAAAAAAAUGUCUUGUCCCAGUUCUUGAGCAUUUUAGGCAAUUCAAUUAAACACUCAUGUUAUACAACUAUAAAGUGAAAGUGACUUUGUCUGAAUAUUUAAUUUAGGUUAAGGUUUAUGCAGUUAGCCAGAGGUUUCAAACAUGACAUUGUUGUCAAAUUAUAUAUUAAUAAAGGGAAUCUACUCAAGUCAAUCUACAUUAAGCUUUGAAAAGAGCGUUAAUCUUUGCAACAUUUACAUUAUUCUGGUUUUGCGAUGCAUAUGACAAUUGAGUAGCUUCCCUUUAAAAACUUGACAAUGAAACCUGUGCAUAAUUGUAAUUGAAAGGUAUGGUAAAGAGAAUGGUUUGUUUAAUCAUGUUAUGUAUGUCCUCUUUCCCUAGAAUGCCCCUCAGGCAGUCUUCAGUCUUUCAUUCCAAAGAAACAUGGUGGGGUACACACACAAAACUCACUGAGCACAUGUAACCCAUACUUUCACCACUCGCAGUGACACCUGUAACAUUUGACUGCAUUUAUUUAAUUAAACCUCACAGACAAACAUUGACUUUGAGAUUUGAUAUUCUCGAUAUUGUGUAUGAUAGUGACAGUCAAAACAAGGUGGUGGUGUAGCUUAUUUCAGCACACCAGGGUUUCACACCAAUGAUUGUAAACAACAUUGUAUUGUAACUAUUGUAUAUUUUUAUAAAUAGUUGCAUGUGUCUUGUUAUUUUUACUGCUGUUCCAGCCACAUUUUCCCUUUUCGCUAACUACAGCUAAAAUGGCUCCCAGGCCUCAGGACACCCAAGUUGAGCAUGACGGGGGAAGAGAAUUAGCGCCCCACAAUGCUUCGGACGUGGUCCCCGCUAAGGUAAAGCCAUUUGGCCCCAACCACGCCUGCACCUCAAUCAUACACUUCCCCUCAAUAGUUCUAGCACAGUUGCUAGAGAUGCUCAGAUCAGACCCACACCCAAGUUAUUUUAAUAAAGCCAACACACAGUGAUGAUGAGGGAGAUUGGUGUCUUGGAGCAGUACUCAUGCUUUGGGAUUUUAUCUGUUGAGCUAACCAGUUUGGCAUCAAGAUACACUGCUAGUAAAUAUCCAUUUGAAGUCUCUUACAUACUGAUGGGACAGUUCAAAUUUGGUAUUUGAGAAUUUGCCUUGGCUUGUUCUGUGGCAUUUGGUCUUUUUGAAGCACUUCCAGUAAGGUGAGACGAGGCGCACGCUCUUACUCAAAGCUGAAGUGCUCCAGGUGUGCUUUGAAUACUUAAGGACGCAGUGCUGUCCGAAAGGCCAGGGUCCAAGUAGGGCAGCCGUCUUAUAGGUGAGUAAUCAAUGCGCCAACGCCCAGCCCAGACACACUUCUCUGAAAAACUCACUUGUACUAUUUCAGACUUCUUGUCAGAAAUUGUUUCUGAUUUGUUUAAAUUUUAAGGUUCUGCAUUCAAGUCUAAUAAGGCUUUGGUUAUUAAAAAUGCCUGAAGAUUAAAUAAAACCUUUUUUUCUGUCACGCUGGGGAUAACAUUGCUAGAUUAGCCUUACUUUUCAGUGAAAGGAUUAGGCAUUGUUACAAAAAGAGAUUCGUCAAACAUUUCUCACUUCUUGAAGGGUUUUCCAGUCAUCUUGUGCAUCCUACAGAACGUAUUUCAGUCUGUAAUUUUACGACAUCAACAUCACUCCUAUCUAGAAUCUGUGAAUAACUUUGUUACUUAAAAUCAGUCCCAUACAAUAAUUAUAGUUGAUUUAUUUUCAGUAUGCUAGGUUUAUCCAUCAUGUCUUCGUAUUUAAUAAUUUUUGCGAGCUGAUUUCUUUCUCCCCCCAUUCAAAUAAAAAUGCUGGUAGACAGUGUGCAGAAAAUGUAUGAUUGUACAUAAUAACGACCUAAAAUAUCAAAUCAGGGAAAUUUUUUAUAGCCAAGUUCAUUGUUUUUUUUCUAGAAUAUUGGCAACUCUUAUUGCUUUGUAUGUAAUUGUCCCUAAAUGCUUUCUUCAAAAUUUACAAACAGGUUUUAGGCCAUGAUCUUUGUAUUGAGGUCUUGUUCAAUAAAUCAUGUUUAAAUGCUA